CAUCAGGCUGCGCACUCCUGCCAACUGAGGCCGAGACGUACAUGCCCCUGCCCUUACUCCCGAAGGGUUCUGGGUAAGAAGAGUGCUGUGACUAUGGAGGUCCCACGUGUGUCAGCCUUGGCUGCCUACAAACAGCAGCAACAGGAGGUGUCGGCACGGCAGGUGUUGAAGAAGAGCAAACGCAAUCAGCCAAAGUUAUCUCAGAAGAACAAACUGUUAAAAAAGAAAAGGAAAUUAUCCAAGUUGGUGAAGAGAGCGGAGGCAAGUGACAGCACUGCUAUUCAACAUCAAAAUGGACUUCAGGAUGACAACAGAGAAUUGUUAUCCCCAACUAGUAAUUGUAUCACAAAAAAGGAAGAAACAUCAACCAAAAGGGCGAAAAAACUUAGGUUAGCUGCAGAAAAUGAAAACCGGACAUCGCAUCAGUUGGAGGGUAUGUGGAUCAGUGGCAAGCAGCAUACGGGACCUCCACUAAUGACUGUACUGCAGGAUCUGAGCAAGAUCCAUAAUAGCAAGACAAGAGCAACCUCCCUGUUUGAAUGGCUCAUUUCACCACUUGCACCAGCUGAUUUCUUCAGGAAUAUUUGGGAGCAGAAACCGGCUCUGAUUAAACGGGACAAUCACAGAUAUUAUGAUGGAUUAUUUUCCACAACUGAAUUUGACAGGAUUCUCAGAGAAGAUAAUGUGAAGUUUGGUGUUAACCUGGAUGUCACUAGCUAUACCGAUGGCACCCGUGAGACCCACAAUCCUCCUGGGCGAGCUUUGCCUCUAGUUGUAUGGGACUAUUUCAAGAAUGGUUGUUCUCUCAGGCUGUUAAACCCCCAGUCAUUCUGUCGCACUGUGUGGAAUGUCUUAUCAGUCUUGCAAGAGCUUUUUGGUAGCAUGGUUGGGGCAAACACGUACUUGACACCUGCAGGUACGCAGGGAUUUGCUCCACAUUAUGAUGACAUCGAAGCGUUUGUUAUUCAGUUGGAAGGGAAGAAGCACUGGAGGGUAUACAACCCCAGAAACAACUCAGAGUUUCUUCCACAGUUCUCCAGCGUGAACUUCAGAGACCGUGAUAUUGGAGAGCCCAUUUUGGAGACUGUGCUCGAAGCUGGAGAUCUCCUGUACUUUCCUAGAGGAUUUAUUCACCAGGGGGACUGCCUUCCUGAUGCACAUUCCUUACAUAUAACCAUCUCUUCUUAUCAGCGCAACAGCUGGGCAGACCUCUUGGAGAAGGUUCUCCCUGCAGCACUGCAGGUUGCUGUGGAAGAAGAUGUAGAAUUUCGGAAGGGGCUCCCCCUGGAUUACCUGGAGUACAUGGGAGUACAACAUGCUGACUUGAAAGAUCCACGGAGAGAUGCAUUUAUUCAGAAUAUUCAGUCCCUGAUAAAGAAAUUGUCUGACUAUGCACCUGUCGAUGCAGCUGUAGAUCAGAAGGCUAAGAAUUUCCUACAUGACUGCCUCCCCCCUGUCCUGACACCUGCUGAGAAGACUCACAGUGUACAUGGAGCACCGGUCACUUUGGACAGUGGAAAAGUUAAAGAUGACACCCUACAGAUAGAAUUAGAAACAAAAAUAUGCCUUCUACGGGGAGGCAUUGCAAGAUUGUGUAGUGAAGGAGAUGCCUGCCUAUUAUAUUACUCUUCAGAGAACUCCAGGAUAUACCACAGGGAUGAGCCAAAUUACAUGGAGAUAGCUGCUGAGCAUGUGUAUGCAGUAGAAUAUCUAAUUCAUGCUUACCCCAGAUAUGUGCCUGUGAGAAGCCUGCCCUGUAGUCAUGAGGAUGAAAAGCUUACUGUGGCUACUAUCCUCUUUGAAAAAGGCCUUCUAACUACUAGAGAACAACUGAACCCCCUACGGUAGUUACUGCUGAUGGAGGGGGAAGCAACCUGCACCCAUGGGUAAUGAAGACUGCCCAGUGACCAACCACCUUACUUAGAGUGGAGCUGAGGCCUUUAAGUUGAACCUGACAAGAUGUUACUUUGUGGAUUUCUUUCCCUAGGGGAAUAUUCUAUGAAAUAUACCGUGUGUAUAAUUUACCAACAAAGCAGCUCACAAUAUAAAGUCACCUUCUGAUGUUUACCUUGCGCUUUAGCAAACUAAUGAAAGCCAAGUGCAGAGCUGCACAUCUCAAGGACUGAAAAUGAGUGAUUCCUUUUUCAUCCACAAAAUAUUAAAACUUGACAAUUUCAUUCUGCC